AUGGACUCUUUUGGGACAAAAUGGCUUCUUUUGGGAGUAAAUGGGUAUAAGUGUUGUCUAAACACUCCUAAUCCAUCGCUAGCUCUUAUAAUUAGUCAAAUGCAUUGGAUUGUGACACAUUUUGACUAUAGAAACACUAACAAAUCUAUUGACUGCUUCGAAGCAAGUUUUGUUGGUUUUAGACUCUUUUGGGAGAAAAUGGGUAUAGGUCUUGUCUAA